CAGACUGGCUUCUAACCACAAUCCUCAGAUCUCAGCCACCUGAAUAGUUAGGAUUACACGCAUGAGCCACCAGUGCCAGCUGUUUUUGUUUUGUUUUGUUUUGGGUGCUACUGGGGAUUGAAUUCAGGGCCUGGUGUUCGCUAAGCAAGUGCUCACCAUUUUUGUCUUGGUUAUUUUGGGGACAGGGUUUCGCUUUAUGCUAGGGCUGAUAUACACUGAGGUCAGCUUCCCUGUGUGUCUGGGAAUGACAGGCAUACACCCUUGGGACUAGCCAUUUUGCAUCUUCCAUAGCUAGGAUAACAGAUGCACACCACCGAGCUCAGCCAGAAGUCUCUUAAUGUAAUAGGAUGUUUUUGUUUCGUAGUCUAUCUGACACCACCUUCUCCCAUUCUUUCAAGUGUAAGAUUGAUAUCUGGGCUCCAGAGUACUUCUUUCAUUACUCCUUUCUUUUCUUUAGUACCAGAGCUUGAAGUUAGAGCCUGUGCUCACUUGGCUUUCUUGCUCAAAGUUGGAGCUCUAACACGAGCCACUCCUCCAUCCUGGCUUUUUGCUGUUUAAUUGGAGAUGAAAUCUCUUGGACUUUGCUGCCUAAGCUGGCUUUGAACUAUUUCUAGGUCUCAGCCUCCUGAGUAGCUAGGAUUGCAAAUGUGAACCACUGGUGUCUAGCUACAAUUAUUCUUGAUGUAAAUAUUUACAGAAACGAGUGUUAGGUCUAGGUAUCCUCGUUGAGUUGGAUAGGUUUUAAAGUAGUUAUUCAUGACAUAUUUAUUAUAUCGUUACUUUUUUUACAUUUUACUCUUACACAAGGUAUUGUUAUAUUGCUAAAGCUGGCCCCAAACUCCUGAGCUCAAUGGUUCUUCAACUUUUCUAGUAGCUAGGACUAGCAUGUAUCACUACAUCAGACUUGGCAACUAUUAUUUAUGGUCUAUUUUUGUCAGUUGUUAUAUUCCCUAGGUGCAUAAUUUUUCUCUCCUUAUUUUGGGGGAAGUGGUGGUGGUAGGAUAUGUAUGUGACUCGCUUUACUGUUUUUCAGGAAGAGGAGUUAAGCACUUGUUCAUUUAUUGAAAAAUCCAUACAAGAAAAUGUGUGAAUGUUAAAUAGCAUGUGUAAAACUUAAGUAUUGUGUUAGGCACAUAGUCAUUUAAUAGAUGGUAGCCUAUUACUUACUUGUGUCUUGUUUGUUUCACUAGAAUAUAAGUUCGUUUAGAGCAGGUACCUUCCUUGUCUAUCUUACGUGAUUACACCAGAUCUUAGAACAAUGAUAUAGAAGGUGUGGAGUGAUUCAUUAGUAUGAAUGAGUGAAUGAUUGAGGAGCUGGGGUUUCUUACUGUGGUGAGAAAAGAUAGGAAAAGAGAAAGCUUGCCUUUCACAUUGAUAUGUCUUCAUACAGGACAGCCAUUUUGGGGGGUGCUGAUGGAUACCUGCGGGGUCGGCUAUGUUGCCUUGGGGGAGGCCGGCCCCGUGGGGAACAUGACUGUGGUAGAUCCUCCUGGACAAGACGUGUUAAACCAGCUUGAUAUCAAGGGCUCCUCAGAAGCAACCAGUGUGGAGGCUUCCAUAGAGAUGUCACUGCCUACUCCUCUGACUGGAUUUGAGGGUUCUCCUGAUAAGAGGCUUUUUCCUCCGGACCAGGAAAGCCUUUCCAGAUUGGAACAUCAAGAUCUUUCUUCAGAGAUAUCAAAGAUUUCAAAGCCUAGGGCUUCACAGACUUCCCGGAAGAGAGGUAGUGGGACACCAAAAGGCCCCAGAAGGCCCCAACAGCGUAAAGCUCCAUCAGCCCCUCUGGUUCCUGCUCUCUUAGAUCAGUCCAACCCUCUAUCUGCCCCUGUGCCUAAGAAACGAAGUCAAAAGUCUAAGGGAGACCUGCUACUCCUGAAGUUGUCCAAAGGUCUAGAGCAGCCAGAGUCUCCACAUCCAAAGAGGCCCCCUGAGGACUUUACCUCUCCUGAGGAACGACCCCGCCGAAGGGCUGCCCAAGUGGUCUCGCUAUGUAAUAGACCAGGCUGGCCUGGAACUCGCGAUCCUCCAGCCUCAGCCUCCCGAGUGCUGGGAUUACAGGAGUGCACUACAACACCCGGCUCUCCAUCACAUUUUUCGCAGACUUCCCCCAGGGCACUUCUGUAUCUUCAGGAAGUGGCAGCUGAAGAGCUCUCCACAACUCUUCCUGCUCCGGGGUCUUGUCCUCCCAAGAGUCCCAAGGUGAGCAGCCCCACCAAACCCAAGAAGAGCCGGCAGCAGGGAGUCUGCCAAGGUGGAGAUGAUGAUGCCGCUGUGCAGGGGGAAGGCUUUGUCCUGAAGGUUGAGGCUGAAGAAGAGGAAGAAAGUGAAGGCCCAACUGAGAGCUUUUCGGAUCCUGAACCUGCAGCACCCCGAAGCACCACACGAGGACCCACUUCAGGGAAGCAGAAGUCACACUGCCGAGGCUUGGCUCCCAAUGGCUUACCCAAUUACAUCAUGGCUCCUGUUUGGAAGUGCCUCCAUCUCACCAAAGACCUCCGAGAACAGCAACAUUCAUUCUGGGAGUUUGCUGAAUGGAUUCCUGUAGCCUGGAAGUGGCAGUUGUUAUCCGACAUUGAGGCAGCUCCGUACCUGCCCCAGGAAGAGAAGUCUCCAUUGUUUUCUGUACAACGUGAAGGACUUCCUGAGGAUGGCACACUCUACCGCAUAAACAGGUUUAGUUCCAUCUCAGCACAUCCGGAGCGCUGGGAUGUAUCCUUCUUCACAGGGGGACCACUCUGGGCUCUGGACUGGUGCCCGGUGCCAGAGGGAUCAGCAGCCCCUCAGUAUGUGGCCCUUUUCUCCAGCCCUGACAUGAAUGAGACACACCCACUGAGCCGGCUUCACUCAGGCCCUGGGCUGCUGCAGCUCUGGGGCCUUGGGACAUUGCAGCAAGAAAGCUGUCCUGACAAUAGGGCUCACUUUGUCUAUGGGAUUGCUUGUGACAAUGGCUGUAUCUGGGACCUCAAGUUCUGCCCCAGUGGAGCAUGGGAGCUUCCGGAAACCUCUCGGAAGGCUCCUCACCUGCCUCGGCUGGGUCUCUUGGCUCUCGCCUGCUCAGAUGGGAAAGUGCUGCUGUUCAGUCUGCCGCAUCCUGAGGCCCUGCUGGCUCAGCAGUCCCUAGAUUCAAUGAGGCCUGCCAUCUAUAAGGUGCAGUGUGUAGCAACCCUUCAGGUGGGGUCUAUGCAAGCUUCAGACCCGUCUGAGUGUGGUCAGUGCCUUAGCCUGGCCUGGAUGCCUACCAGGCCCCACCAUCACCUGGCUGCUGGAUAUUAUAAUGGCAUGGUGGUUUUUUGGAAUCUUCCCACUAACUCACCCCUGCAGAGGAUACGGCUUUCUGAUGGCUCCUUAAAACUCUACCCCUUCCAGUGUUUCCUAGCCCAUGAUGAGGCUGUACGUACAAUUCAGUGGUGCAAAGCUAACAGUCAUUUCCUAGUCUCUGCUGGGAGUGACCGGAAAAUCAAAUUCUGGGAUCUUCGACGACCUUAUGAACCAAUAAACUGUAUCAAGCGCUUCUUGAGUACCGAGCUAUCCUGGCUGCUACCCUACAAUGGUGUCACUGUGGCUCAGGACAACUGCUAUGCCUCUUAUGGACUCUGUGGAAUUCAUUAUAUUGAUGCUGGUUACCUUGGUUUCAAGGCCUACUUCACUGCUCCUCGAAAAGGCACUGUCUGGAGUCUUUCAGGAUCUGACUGGCUUGGGACUGUAGCUGCUGGAGAUAUAUCUGGGGAGCUCAUUGCAGCUAUAUUGCCCGAUAUGGCAUCGAAUCCAGUAAAUGUCAAGAAACCCGCAGAGAGAAGAUUUCCUAUAUAUAAAGCAGAUCUGAUCCCGUAUCAGGACAGUUCCGAAGAACAAGACUAUGCUUCUGCUUCAUCUGGGACUCCCAACCCUCCUAAAGCUAAAACAUAUGCUGAAACCAUCAACCAUCACUACUUGCUUUUUCAGGACACAGAUUUGGGUUCCUUCCACAAUCUGCUCCGUAGAGAACCAAUGUUGCGUAUGCAGGAAGGAGAAGGGCAUGCUCAGCUUUGCCUGGACAGGCUGCAGCUUGAAGCUAUUCAUAAGGUACGUUUCAGCCCCAACCUGGACUCCUAUGGAUGGCUGGUAUCUGGGGGGCAGUCAGGGCUGGUUCGGAUCCAUUUUAUCCGUGGACUCACCUCCCCAUUGGGCCACCGUUUACAGCUUGAGAGCCAAACCCACUUCAGUGCUAUGUUCCAACCGUCCUUUCCAACGGAAGGGCUGAGUUUCCCUCCAGACAGCCAUUGCUUUCUGCCCAAUCCCUAGUCUUAGUCCACACAGGACCCUUGAAAUGAAGUCUGCCAAGAACAAAUGGCCUCCAUGCACAGAGCCAUAGGAACUGGGCCCUUCCUGGACAGUGAUGGUGCCAGGCCUGGAUUCUUAGGCCUACCUCCCCAGGACUCCUUGAGUCCCUGUCCUUCCUCAGACUUCAUAGCCUCCUGCGGGUAGGGGGGCUCUCCCGCUACAGUGAUUUCUUUACCUAAAAUGAUGGCUCACAAGAAACACUCAGGCCUGACCUAGGCUUGGGAGUCAAAUUGCUCAUAUUGAGCAUAUUGUGAAGUGGGUAAAGCUAAGUAAAGGUACUGGGUGUUUUUGAGACCACUUGUGAGUGGGUGUUUGGAGAAUCAGAAAGAGUAUUGGCUUGAAGGCUCCUUUUUCAGGAUCCAAUGUUACUGCCUUCCUAAACUUCCUCUUCAGAGGAACCAACACACAGGCCCAAAAGUGGUGACAGUAAUUAAUUGGACUGAAGCUGCUUAUAGUACUUUGACAAAUACCACAGACACCCUACCAAUAGAAUAAUGGCUUAGCUCUUACUUGCUCCUGCUUAUGAAAUAUUCCCAAUCACUGGUCAAUUGACCAUACUUGAACACUCAGAAGAGUUUUUGAAAAACCUUUCUUUAAAACUGGGCAUGAUGGUACAUGCCUUUAAUCCCAGCAUUUGGGAGGCUGAGGCAGGAGGAUCAUGAAUUCAAGGCCAGCCUGAGCUAUAUAAUGAGACUCGGUCUCAUAAAACACAACCAACUUCUUUUUUAUCAAGUUAGAAUCUACCUUUAUUAAUUUUACUCAUGGGUAUUAGGAAACCUAGUUAUUCUUCCCUGUGACUACCCUUUUAAGUAGUUAACAAUAGCUAUCAUGUGUUUCCCAAGUCUUUUUAUCCUCUAGAUUAAAUAUCUUCAGUUAUUUGAACCAUUCUUUUAGACGUCAUGAUUUUUGAACCUUUAUGAUAUGGUCACAUUGUUGACUUAUUAAACAUGUUUAUUUAAACUCUG